CUUGUUUGCGUCCGGUCUCUGUUUCCUAUGUUGGCUCUAUAAAUAACACAACAGCCAUGCCUCCUUAAUCAUACCCUUUCAUUCUCUCUCAACCAAACCCCUUUCUUUCUCCCCACAUUAUCUUAAUUAGCAAAGCGACGAAGCCUCAUAUUUCCAAGAACUCAGAAUGGGGACUGCUGACGGAAGCUAUGGUGCUUACACCUAUGAGGCCCUCGAGAGGGAGCCUUACUGGCCAUCUGAAAAACUCAGAAUUUCCAUCACUGGGGCAGGGGGUUUUAUUGCCUCCCACAUUGCUCGCCGUUUGAAGGCUGAGGGUCAUUACAUUAUUGCUUCUGACUGGAAGAAGAAUGAGCACAUGACAGAAGACAUGUUUUGUCAUGAAUUCCAUCUUGUUGAUCUGAGAGUCAUGGAUAAUUGCUUGAAGGUUACAAAAGAUGUAGACCAUGUUUUCAACCUUGCUGCUGAUAUGGGCGGGAUGGGCUUCAUUCAGUCCAACCACUCGGUCAUUAUGUAUAACAACACAAUGAUCAGCUUCAACAUGCUUGAAGCCUCCAGGAUCAAUGCGGUUAAGAGGUUGUUUUAUGCCUCUAGUGCUUGUAUUUACCCUGAAUUUAAGCAGCUGGAGACUAAUGUGAGCCUGAAGGAAUCUGAUGCCUGGCCUGCAGAGCCUCAAGAUGCUUAUGGAUUGGAGAAGCUUGCAACGGAAGAGUUGUGCAAGCAUUACACCAAAGACUUUGGAAUUGAAUGCCGUAUUGGAAGAUUCCAUAACAUUUAUGGUCCUUUUGGAACAUGGAAAGGUGGCAGGGAGAAGGCACCCGCUGCUUUCUGCAGAAAGGCUAUCACUUCCAUUGAUAAAUUCGAGAUGUGGGGAGAUGGACUUCAAACCCGAUCUUUCACCUUCAUUGAUGAGUGCGUGGAAGGUGUGCUUAGAUUGACAAAGUCAGACUUCCGUGAGCCAGUGAACAUUGGAAGUGAUGAGAUGGUUAGCAUGAAUGAAAUGGCUGAGAUUGUUCUCGGCUUUGAGAACAAGAAUCUCCCCAUUCAUCACAUUCCUGGCCCAGAAGGUGUGCGUGGGCGUAACUCCGACAACACACUAAUCAAAGAGAAGCUUGGUUGGGCUCCUACAAUGAGGCUGAAGGAUGGGCUGAGAAUUACUUACUUUUGGAUUAAGGAACAGAUUGAGAAAGAGAAAUCUAAAGGAAUUGACCUGUCUAUUUACGGUUCAUCAAAAGUGGUGGGAACUCAAGCACCUGUUCAAUUGGGCUCACUCCGCGCUGCUGAUGGUAAAGAAUGAAAUGGUUGAAGCUAUGGAUGUUUUUCAGUUAUCCUUCAGGAACCCAACUUUUCUCAUUACGAUAUGGGAAUGAUAUGGUGGUGGGAAAUUAGCUAUGUUUCUGGAGUUACAAGGCAAUAAUCCGCAUUGUUUUUAGGUUGAAGCACUAUUCUAGUUUUCGGGUGUGUACCAUGUUGGUAUUUCCGAGGGAAGCUUUUAUACCCUCAUUUUAUCAAUCUGGCUUUUCUAGCAACCUGCUACUCUGAUAUUAUGUUGCAGGCAUAAUAGCCCAGGACCUUGCUUUUGUUCCUACUAUAUUUACCUUUGGGCUGUAAUGAAUAAUAAAUAUAUUUUUCUUCA